GCUGGUGUGGCUUAGAUCUCAGCUUUUCUCGGUAAACGAGAGUGAAACUUACUGACAGUCACUGAGUCCUAGAGGAGAAAUGGCGCAGCAAUUGAUUCAGCUAGAUCAAGAAAAACUGAGCUGUUCAAUCUGUCUGGAUCUUCUAAAAGAGCCGGUGACUAUUCCCUGUGGGCACAGCUACUGUAUGAGCUGUAUUAAAACCUACUGGGAUGAGGAUGAUCAGAAGAAAACACACAGCUGCCCUCAGUGCAGGCAGAGCUUCACACCGAGGCCAGCCCUGGUGAGAAACACCAUGUUUGCAGAGUUAGUGGAGGAACUGAAGAAAGUAGGACUUCAAGCUGCUUCACCUGAUCAUUUCUACGCUGGACCUGGAGACGUGGCCUGUGAUUUCUGCACUGGGAGGAAGUUGAAAGCCUUCAAGUCCUGUCUGAUGUGUUUGGCCUCUUACUGUGAACAGCACCUUCAGCCUCACUACGAUGUAGGUCCUUUAAAGAAACACAUGCUGGUCGAAGCCACUUCAAAGCUUCUUGAGAACAUCUGCUCUCGCCAUAAUGAGGUGAUGAAGAUUUUCUGCCGCACUGAUCAAAAGUGUAUCUGUUAUCUCUGCUCCAUGGAUGAACACAAAGGCCACGACACAGUCUCAGCUGUAGCAGAAAGGGCUGAGAAGCAGACAGAGCUCGGAGUGAGUCGUCAAAAAAUCCAACGGAGAAUCCAAAGCAUAAAGAAAGAUGUGAAGGUGCUUCAACAAGAGGUGGAGGCUAUCAAUAUUUCUUCUGAUGAAGCUGUUAGUAAGAGUGAGAAGAUCUUCACCGACCUGAUCCGUCUCAUUGAGGAAAGAAGGUCUGAAGUGAAGCAGCAGAUCAGAUCCCACCAGAAAACUGAAGUGAGUCGAAUCACAGAGCUCGAGGAGAAGCUGCAGCAGGAGAUAACUGAGCUGAGGAGGAAAGACACUGAUCUGGCACAGCUCUCACACACAGAGGAUCACUCCCAUUUUCUGAACAACUACUCCUCUCUGUCACAUCUGAGUGAAGCAACACGUUUACCCAGCAUCAAUCCUCAAUCACAGCAGUAUAUUAAGGAUGUGACAGCGGCAGUGUCGAGGGUCAGAGAUAAACUGCUGGCUGUUCUGAAUGAGGAGUGGGGAAAGGUCUCGCUGAAAAAUACAGGAGUCGAUAUAUUACCGCAACAUCAAGAGCCCCAAACCAGAUCCGAAUUUUUGAAAUAUGCUCGUCAAAUCACAUUGGAUCCAAUCACUGCAAACACAUUUUUGUCACUAUCUAAGAGGAACAGAAAGGUAACAUUGAUGCAUGAACAACAGGUGUUUUGGAUUCACCCAGAACAAUUCUUUAAAUGGUGGCAAGUUCUGAGUAAAGAGGGUCUGACAGGACGUUGUUACUGGGAGGUGAAGUGGAGUGGUAAAGUUUUGAUAGCAGUUGCAUACAGGGAUAUCAGGAGAAUGGGGACAAGGAGUGAAUGUGGAUUUGGAUACAAUGACAAAUCCUGGGCAUUAGAAUGUUACAGUGGUAGUUAUACAUUCAUUCAUAACGGGAAUUGUACAUCCCUCUCAGGACCUCCGUCCUCCAGAAUAGGAGUGUACCUGGAUCACAGGGCAGGUACUCUCUCUUUCUACAGCGUCUCUAGAACCAUGAAUCUCCUCCUCAGAGUCCAGACCACCUUCACUCAGCCUCUCUAUCCUGGACUCUGGCUUCUAGGUUCUGCAGGAGACACUGCUGAGUUGUGUUAGCUCAAGAAGACAGGAGUAAUUACACAGUGAGAGUUUGUGAUCUUCAUGUUGUAUGUUUGGACCCUUUUAAUGCUGAAACAUCAUGGGUGGUGAUGUCUUUUUUUUCUUAGUUUUUUUGUUUUUAUUUACAUCACAGAUGUUUAAUGAAAAUGGUAAAAGGAAAGGUUUUCUUCUUCUACACACAGUGAGGGUUAAUCUACCUGCCAAAGAUGUUCCGUUGAUAUUUGACUUUUAUUUUGAAAAAUCAUGUUUAAAUUUAAUAAACCUUGUUCUGUACAUGGGGAAUAAUACACACCUGAGAAACGACUGAUGAAAAACUAUUACCAUAUCAGUGGGCUUAAUUAUAUUUGUAUUAAAAGAACAACACAUGUAAGAUUCAAAUAACUCUUUGGAAGUUGGAUCUGACUUUUGUUUGCUUGUUUGUUUGUUUGUUUGUUUUCUAGUUAAUCAUAUUUUUAUGGAUGUAACUCAUAUAAUUUUUUGUUUACAUGUUUAAUCACUAUAUUUAUAUUAUGUUGUUUGGAAUAUAAAUUGAAUAGUUUGUACAGCAUUGCAAACUGUGAGGCCAAUAUAAUGUUAACACAAAAUUGAAUAAAGUCUCUUUUAAGAUCAUCAUUAGCACAAUACCUAAAUAAAACUCAUUGUACCACAGGCUAAUGUACAGUAGAAAUGCCUAAUAAUAAAGAUACAGCCUGGAAAUGCA